AGAUCCUUUGAACUAGCCGAUCCGUGGCUUCGAGUAGUUGGAUGCCUGUGAAAGUUGAAUUUCGCCUUCAGAAUAUUGUUUUUCGUCCGUGAAGUAUUGAAGCAAUCUGCCGGAAUGUGUCCAGAAUGUCACUGAAUGUGGAGGACAUCACGAGCUGUUCCUCUACGCAUGAAAGCGAUGAUAUUGUUCCACACAAAGAGUACCUCACUUUUGAAAUCGAUGAAACAGAUUUCGAUGAAGCCGAGUUGAAAGUAAUUCGAGCCAUCAAAGAGGUUGCCGAGAAAACUCUGUAUCACUGGAAAAAUUUUCCGGUGCGACUACCCAUUCCUCCGGCGCCUUUUGAUCAUGGCGUUGCUGAAAGUGAUCGAAGUGGUAACAUCGAGAGUGAUGCUCAUAGUCGCAUGAGACAGCGCCGUGCUUCUCCUAGAAUUGGUGGCGUAUCAAGCUCAAAAAUAUUUAACCUAAGGGACCUUUUCAUCGUUCCGUCAUUCGAUGAACUACAAGAGGUUGCUUUGAAUUCUCAUAAUGAGCCGAAGCAUUUGACCUAUGCUAAUUUAGACUCCAUACAGAAUUCGGGUGAAUUUGAGGUUGACAGUGUUCGUUUCCCUGGGCAUGUCCACCGAUGGAAACUCAGUCAAAUUCUCCAGAAAGGUCGGAUGAAGACGCGGGAGACCCUUUUCGAUGACCUGAGUCUCGCCUUGAGUUUCAUUGUGAUCAAAGCCAGAGAUAGCUUUUUGUCUUCCGAAUCAAUAUCCGUCAAGAAUGGCAUUUCUUCAUUGCUAAUUGGAGUGUUCUGUUUAUUGGAUGGAUUGAUCGGUCUUCCAAAGCUGAGUUCGAAAGAUUUGGAAGAAAAGCUUAUAGAAGAAAGGGCGAAAUACUUGACUAUUGAAUUAACUGCACGGCCUGGUGAAGAAGAUGAUUUGUUCGACUUUUGCGAAUUUGUGAAGGACGCCAGUGUAACCCUCGAGAAUGUCGGUUGUGGCAUCCAGGAAGAUUCUGUGUUCCCAAACUUCUGGUCUUGCUCUGAAUUCAUCCCCAAAUCAGCUUCCGUUGGGGAAACCGUGCUUCGUUCAAGUUCUAGUGGUAGUCUACCGAAGUUACCGUACAGUUUCUACACUCCUAGAAAUACGGAGAUAGAUCUCCGUUUGUUUGACCGGGGACUAAUCUCCAAAGCAUCCAGUAUACUUCAGCCAGUACUGGAAUCAGAAACCAAAGGCUGGUUUUUGCAUUUCAAGGAACAGCAGCUCGCUGAGUUUCGAGACCGUAAAGUUUCAGAUGAUCAAGUAGAAAAGGAAGUCAAUACUGCGAUCAUGGACGAAUAUUUGAAACGAGUUUUUGCGCGGAUUCUAAGCAGUGAACAACUUCACGCGUUGGGCAAAGAUGUUCCAGAACUUCUCACAGAGCACGCGAAAUCUAUCGUUUGGAUGUGCAGGGCUGUCGAUAACAUGAACGAAGCUAUGCAAACAGCUAUGGAGGAAAUGGAAACGCGGUUGGUCAAUUCUUACCUGUUGCUCAGCCGGAUAAAAAAGUGGAUGGAAGAGAAAUUGCGGGAAGCAGAGGAAUUAUUCAUCAAAGAAAAUCAAUGGAGCGCGCAUGAGGAGGCCUUAAAUUUAUGCAGGGAACAUGGCUUACACCAGACGGCGUAUUUCCUCUCUCGGGAUUUGACUUUCAUGCGUGAUCGUCGACCAGUCCUUUCAAAGGAAUUGGAAUGCUUACGAAAACCCGUCCUAUCUUUUGAAUGGGGCUUGCGUCUGUGGGCAACAAAACAGUGGAAGGUGUACAAGCGUGUCAAACCAGGGUUGGAGGAGUUGGUCCCAACGGCAUUUUCUUCAAAUGCGUCGCCUUCUUUACCAACAAGAGCUAGUUCGAAAUUGAAUACCGAGGUCUACAGACUAGAGCGUGAGAUCAAAUUCACGAGUUCGUCCCGCUAUCCAGGCUGGCGAUUGCUGAACUUGAUCCUGAGGACAUUCGUUUACACAAAUAAUGCUGUGUACUUCUUCGGAAUUUUGAUUCCUCUGAUGAGCCCUGUCGGUUUGCGGGCACUGUUCUCGGUUGAGCCGUUUGUUGCGGAUCAUGAGCUCAAUCAGGAAAAUGGAUUGCUCUUCCCUAAAACUGAAAAUCGAACUCCAACAUUUACAUCUCGCUUGAUACACUUGUGGAGACACGUGGGAAGAGCUCGGUCGCAGUUUGAGCUAGAGCCUGAUAUGGGAUUUUUGGGAAAAACGUACGCCAGACAUCUGAACAGGUUUUGGAACUACUUCCUGAAGGGGAUCCUUGGAACAGUUGUGCUUGUGUUGUGUUUCCCGUUGCUUUGCUUCUGUGUGUCAAUUGGAUCUUUAGCGAUGGCGGUUCCUGUACUUGUUGUGCUUGCUCAUGUCGGGAUGCUGCUUGUUUACGAUUGGGACGCAGCUGUUGCGGGCCCAUCUGGUGCGACAACGGUGUUAUCGAUGGCAGAAACGUGUCGACGCGGCGGACGCAAGCGCGACGGUGAUGAAUCGCGGAAAUCCACGUUGAAACAGCGGGUCGGCGAGGUGGAAGUGUCGAUAUGCGAUACGCAGCAUAAUGUUUGGUUCCGUUUGUGCGAGUCCGUCCUGUGGAGGAUCAUUAUAUGCGGCGUUAUUCAGCCCGCCUUUGCAAUUGUGUUCGGCUGUUUGGUGUAUCCAUUCAUCGCGAUGAUCAUUGCGUGUGAAUGGUCCCGGAAAAGUGAAACUGACAAUAUGGCUGUAAAGUCAGCUGAAAGGAGUGCAUGUAUAAGAUGGGCGUUUCGUUCGGGAUGGGACGCUCUGAUGUUCCAUUGGUUGAUCAAGCGUCACGGGCAAAUCCCGAGCAAAGACAGCUGGGUGGCUAAGAGAAUCGCUGGACCUGGUCUGGUUGCAACUGUUGCACUCGUCUCACGAAAGAAGAACCAAUCUGAGAAUCGGUGGUUUUUCCCGCUGAUAGAGCGACGGGAAAUGAAAGAAAAGGAGAGGGAUGAGAAGAAGCAAUUUUACUUCCAGAUUCAACCCCCGCAGGCCUUGGCAGCACUGGAAGCCUGCUUGCUUUGGGAAGAACUCGUGACGAAAUUUCUCGACAAGUGCUUGUUGCCGUUCUCUGGCUCGGUCUCCCGCGAGGUUGGCACGAAGCUGAAAGAGCUGCAACUGGAACGAGACGAGGCUCUGACGAGCGUCUUGAGACUCAUGGAUCGCCGUCGCGACGACGUCCGUCUCGGACUGUCCAGCGACGUUCGGCCUCGAGUGCGGAUGUCUCAACGCGACUUGUCCGCCUGUGUUCUCGCGGCGGCCGAAUUGUGUCGCCGUUGGUACGAAGAGCGGAUUUGGAGACGUGCUCGUCGCGUGGACUCGGCUCUCGGGCCCGCCGCCGUGACCCGGAAAGGCAGCUUCCGAGCUGGCGCCGGACCCGGGUUGGGCAUCGAGGAUGACUUUUGGGUCGCGAAAGGUCUUCCUGUUGGCGACUGGAUCGGCCUUGCCGCGCACCUUCUCUCUGAGAUAUUUUCCGAGGAGAUUUUGUGUUUUUUGGAUGAUGACGAUGUACGAUUCCAACUCGGGAUGCUGCGGACGUCGGAUUUAUCUCGAUAUUACGAACUGGUGUCGGAAGCGGAGCUGAAACUUGAUCGAAGCGAGGAAGGAAGGACAGUUUUGCCGAUACACGGAUGCAAGCGGAAUAUAUUCGUCGCCUCGCCGAAUUUCGACGUUGCCAACUUUAAUCCGUCGCCUUCCGUUGGGGGUCCAGCUAAAAGACCGACAAUGUCGCGAAGAAAAAGGGAUUCGCUGACAGUGUCGCAGCCGUCCACGCUGGUCACGUCGUCUGUGAUGGGCACAGCUUUGCUUCCCGGGUUCAGUGGGCGGAAACAAUUGCGCUAUUCUGGCGAGAAUCUCGCAAUUCCGCUUCCCAUUCCCCAUCCACUGGUUGUCGCCAUGUCAAUCUACAAUCGCGAUGGAAGUGACCCAAUCUCUCUCGAAGAACCUUCAGUUCGCGCGAUUUUGAGUCGAAUCGGCUCUGCUGGGAUCAGUGUGAAAACACCCAGCGCAAACACGACCACCAGGAGUGAGAACACGUGAAUAUUUGUUUUCUCUUUUUUUGCUGUGUCGGUCGUUCGUUUUUUGAAGGAUUUUUGCUGGGAAGUGCGUUGAUUUUUAUGAUCAUGAUUAUUUUUUGCGGCGAGGCAGAAUUCUGCGUCAUUCCAUGGUCGAGUGUUCGAUUCAAUCUCAUGAGGCUAAUCUUGUUUCGAUUGCUGACGAAGUUUUUUUUUUUUUUUGCCUGACCUGUCGCCAUAGUGUGACGUAAUAUUUGUGGCAUGUUUUGAUGGUUUCAUAUUUUUAGGGUCUCCUCAGAACUCACCGGAUUAGCUGAAAAAUUCACGAGUUUUGACUUCGGACGAUUUCCGUCUGUCUCCGGAUUUUUCUUCUUGACAUCGUGGGGAGGAAACUGGAAAAUUUCAAAAUGAUUUGAAAAAUAGUUUUUCAUGAUUUAAAAAUUCAGUGGACCGAGUAACACUCUGACGAAGUGGUUGUAAUUUUCGUGUUAGGGAUACGCAGCUGAAAAAAUGAGAGCGAAAUGCGGUUUUGUGAAGUUAUUCUGUAGAUGUUUUAUGCACAAAUUUGGGAAGUGUAUUGAGACUGGCAAAAAUCGCAGCUCAGCCUCAAAAUGUCAGUCAAUUUUUUUUAAAUCGUUCCAUUGCGGAGCCGUUGCAUCAAUCCAAUUCCGAUGGUUUGUUUUUGGGAUCUAAGCUUUUUUGAAGUUGAUGUUGGUGUCCUUUUCUUCAAUCCGGUGACUUUUGAUGAUGCCUUUCUUUUUCACAAUGCAGUACAGUAUCCCGAAACUUCGCGUAGCUCGAUAGUGUGUGUUGGUGCUGUUCCAUCCGGUAAUUUUUUCCCCGAUUUAAGGAAUGAUGUUGACUCUUGGAGGAAAGAACCCCGUGUUUUGUCGGAAAAUUCGAAUUUCAUGCAGCGCUUCUCUUUCAAGUGCAAAUUUUGUCAAUGAACGCUUUUUCAAGUUCGCUAAAUUGAGAUGCUUUCGUGGUACAAGCUAUUCGAGGCUAGAUCUUUUUUUUGUUUUGGUAUUGAGUAAUGCCAAAUCUUUUCGCACGUUUGUUGCUACGGUCUCUUGAUAUUUCGAUGGAAUUUUUUCGAUUGAUAUUCAUCAUGUUUUUUGAUCUUCUCGUAACCAAAACCAAAAAAAGUUUCGUUUGCUUCCUUACUUUCUUUUCCUUUGUUCCGCGGGAAGAAAAAUGAGCAUUCGUAACUGCCAUCAACAGUUCGAAGAGAUUUUUCAUAUCGGAAGCAUUUUACUGCCAUGUUGACCUUUCAAAAAACAAAUUUUAUUCGGUUCUCGAUGCGGGAGAUUUUUGUAGGUUACGGAGGAAAGUCUGUGAUGCAUUGAACCGAGUUCCGUUUGGUUCUAAGUCAUGUUUGAUGCCCUAUGUACGUACGUGGCAGUGAGACGGACGCGGAAAAACAAAGUUGUUAGCGAAAAGUUUGAUGUACUAAAAAGGAGAAAAUUCAGGCAGAGCGGGAAAAGCGGUGGAAACCUAGUGAAGUUUUGCGAAAGAUCUGAAAUUUAGCACAAGUUUCUAGGACUUUUUCUCGACGUUUCUUGAAGUAGGGAAGUAUGUAAUUUUCUAGGGAAACUAGCGACGGGUUUUUGACGGAAGAAAAAGAAGGAAGAAAUCCUAGCCUGAUCAAAGUGUUAUUUCUUCCGAUGGAUCCAUUUAUUUGCUCAAAGAUCACGACUUUCAUGUGCUUCGUUUCUAACUGUUUGUGGUUGUGACAAACCGAAUUUUCUUUUUUUUUUAUUAUUUAGUUCAAGUCCCGAGUUUGACGGCGUGUAUUCUAAAUUUGUUUUCUUUUUGUUUCCCUUGAAAUGUGCAGCGAAAUUGGGUUUGAUUUCUUUCCCCCACAUUCCUCCGAGUUUGUGUUGAGCAGCUGUCUUUAGAAUAUUUCCUGUCGAUUGAACAAAAAUAGAAUCGGGAUUGAAAUGUUCCCCUAAUUUUCUUUCGUGUCACGCAAAUGCAAAAAGCAUUUUUUUAAAACGAGCACCGCAAUGUGUAUUGGGUCAUGAGUCUGUCCAUUCCUGCCGUGUUUUUGUCCGAAUUCAUAGACCGUGAUUUCAACCUUUUACCCUUCACCGGGAGUACGUGUUUUGAAGACGGAUUUUUUUUAAACUGUGGAAAUGAGAAAGAAAAAUACUCGGGAUUUGCGACAGAACAAGCGAAUAGCUUCUUUUUUCUUCUUACCGGCGAUUGUUUCUUUUUUUUUUUACAAAUUUCUUCUGCGAC